AUGAAGUACGAAACUGCAACUGUUCUUUUCGCCAUUCUCGGCUUGGCAUCUACUGCUCCUAUCGCAGAGCCAAAGAACAAGUUCAAUGUCCCAUCGGUACCAAAUCGAAUGUUGAGAGGUCGUGAAGUUCCACAAGAGCAUUCCCACAAUCGAUUCCUCGAUGGUGUUCGUGUCAACUUGAAAAUCAACAAUCCAGAUAAAAUUCAAGAUCCAGUCUUUGGUCUCCUGGGUAACGCUGCCGCCAUAAAGGGAGGUGGAAGCAUCGCCAAUCCCGAUUGUCUUCAUCAAGCUACUGCCGAUCAAGCUUUCACCAAUGCCAAAGCUGCUAAAAAUGUCACCGGUAUGGCUGAUGCAUUGAUGUAUGCUGCACUUGAAAGAAACACUGCAUCAGUUGGUGUUGCAUCUGUGAUUUGCAACGAGACCGCCGUCAAUACCGAGAUUCAAGCCGUUAAACAACAUCAAGACCCUGCUUCACCAAACGCUGCUGCUACCAAUAAAGCUGUUGUUCUCUCACUCGCCAAACAACUUUCUGCUAUUGGAGCUGAUCCUCAAGAAGCUCUUCUUUCGGGUACAUUUGCACCAGGAACCGUUGGUGAUACAACCGGUGCCGGUAAUUCCUGCGAUACUGAGGCAGAUUCCCCGGGUUGUAUCUUUUCACAAAAUCUUAUUGUGGACGAUGCUACCGCCGCUGAAAUCACAGCAGCUGUUGCAGGAGGAGCUUCGGCAGACUCUACUUCAGCAGUUACUACUACUUCUACCGGUGAAGCAAGCGCCGCGGCAGCUAGUAGCACGAUCACAUCUGCUGCAGCCGCUGCAAACGGGUCUUCAUCUGACGUCUCCGCAACCACCGCAACCAAAGCCGCAACCGGUACCAACGUUCAAAAAUUCACGGGCACACUCGGUGGCGUUGCACCCCCAGUAACUUCCUCAGCAGGCGAUCGUCCGUUCACGGUUAAAGGUGAUACGUUUACGGGCGAAGGAGCGGCGUUGCAGAGAUCGUGUAGUGUGCAACAUAAUGCGUGUUCGAAAGCGGCUAAUGGUGGGGAAUUGACGGGUGGGGUGGCGCAGUGCGAGACGCAGGAGACGGCUUGUAAUGCUGCUAGUGGUGGUGGUGCGGCGAGAAAGAUGAGAAGGGAGGCGGUAGUGGUUUAG